CUAAGAAAAAGAUGAUAUUGGAAGGGACAGAAUUAUGACUUUAGGACCCCAGAAUGGGAUUCACCCCACCUGAGAGACAGUGCCCACUUCAAAAUUGCCUUCCCAACCACUCAUAAUUAAUAGAAAAAAUGCAGCUUUGGUCUGAAUUCAAAAAUAUAGCUGGGCUCACUUUCUCUCACUCACAUUAUCAAACAGCUACAGGACAUGAGGAAAAAAUUAAAUAAUGACAGAAGCUAAACAACUAAAUAAUGACAGAAGCUAAACAACAGCUAUGCUUUGCAUGAAACCAGGCUAAAUCACUGUUUAAUUUAAUACAAAGUGUGUGCAUGAAUGGUCCCUCUCACUAUUUGGGUCUACCGACUAUUUGCUGUAUCCUCUUAAAUUUUUGCACAAAAUCCACUGCAAACACAUAAUACUCAUUUUGUUUGAAGUUCUCAAAACACUAAAAGAACCCAAACUCAGUGGUCCUUCUUUGUCCUAAAACUAUUACAAUCAAUCAGAUGGUCCAUACUCCAUACAGUUAACUAUGUACAAGCUUUCUUGUCCCUCAAAUCAUUAUUCAAAAGCUUGUCUGUAAUGGAUGCAACUAAUAAGCCUUCAUGGGAAUGAAUGCAUUUACAACUUUAAAGGACCCACACAACUGAUUUAGUCAUGGAGAAUACACAACAAGCAGAAGCAAAACAUAUAAGCAAGCAAGACCAAACUCAGAGCUUCUAUCAAGGUCUAAAACAUAGUGAAUUAUCAUGAAAUUUAGUUAAUACACAUCCAUUGUAGAGUACACUAGUCCCUUCUCAUCAAUGGACUCCUGACUUAUACGAAGGAGGGCUGGAAAUUUCUUUUACUCUCGGCAAACUAUUAUUAACAACCUCCUACAGUUGACCGGCUUACGAAAAGCACUUGGGGUGAAGGCUUUCCCACAAAUAUGGGUCGCCGAGCAAGAGAAAAGAAUGUCAUUUGCAUGAAUAUAGAACGAUGACUGAAUGUAGAAUUAUUGAUGCAGACCUAGAAAACAAGCUUACAGCAAGAUGAUUCAUGUACAUUUUGUUUCUCUCUCUAUCUGCUUGUGAUUUUUGUUGUUUCUGUCAAGUUCAAUAAAGCUUCUUCUAUCAUUGUUUCCCUCAAAUCAUAUAACAGAAAAAGGACCACAAAAAUAUAAUGAACGUGCUCAUGAAUAAUAGAGCCUCCUAAGCCCUGUUGCAUAUAAUGAACGUGCUCAUCAAUAAUAGAGCCUCCUAAGUCCUAAGCAACAGUAUAUAAUACUCAACAGAUGACUAACUAUGUUUAUUAGCUGUCUGGGUAUGAUUAAAGCUGUCCAAAUCUUGACUGAAGCUUUUCAAGUGUUGUGCAUGAUUAUCUUAUCUACCACUUGUUUACUCUUCUCUUACAGACAAGAAAACCCAUCCCCAGAAACUGGGGAAAAUUACAGAGUGUACCAGUAAAGGCCAAGCUCUUUCAAAGGGUAUUUUGGUCAGGAUAAGGUAACAUAUGUAUGUUUGAAUCAGAUGACCACAUGGAAAGAAAUUACUCUCAUGUGACCACAUGCUCUGAUCCCUGCAACCAGAAGAGUUCAACCAAACAAAGCUUCCCUCCCCCCUAACUAAUCCACUUUUAUAAUCAACAGUUCACAGACUCACAAAGUUUAAACACUAUUAAUCUCUCAAGCUUUUUUUUUUUUUUGAGUAUUGUAAGCAAUUAUAAUCCAACACAACUAUAAAGGUUAAGAGAUAUAGAACUACAGGCAAAAGAAUGGUGAAAACCUUUUUGUCUUUAAGUUUUGAAAGUGUGCAUGUGGUGUUUCCAUAUUCUAAACACUACCUUAGCUCACUUGUUUGGGUUUCACCAGACACCUAGUUAUUAUAUUAGUCUCACCGUCCAAACACCAACUAAACAAUAACAAGACAUAGGGAUUAAAAAUUACGAUGAAGCUGUAAAAGCAGCAUCUUUUCUUUUCUUCUCUCUUUUUUUCCCCUUUAUAAAUCACAAAUCUCAUGCACCUUCUUCCUACAUGCGACUUCACUAGCUAACUCCACAAAAUCCUCUCUCUUUUCUAGUGAAACCCAAAAUCUCAAACAAAAUGGUUUCUCUAGAAACAGUUCAAGCAGCGGCCAUAUCCAUUGAGCCUACCUCAAGUCCCCGGAUUUCUUUCUCUGCAGAUCUUCUCGAUGAAAAGAACUUUAUUUCUCUCUCCCACGAAAUAGAGAGAGAGAAAGCAAGAACUCCAGAAUUUGAGUUCCUAUCAAGCAAUGUGAAUGGGAAUAACAUGAUAACAGCAGAUGAGCUUUUCUACGAAGGGAAGCUGCUCCCCUUCUGGCAAAUUCAGCAUUCUGAGAAGCUCAAUAAGAUCAGUUUGAAUAAGAAGGACAAUGAGAAAGAAGAGAGAGCAGCGGAGGCAAACAAGGAGGAUCCAAAGGUGAGUUGGUUUAUUGAUGAUGACCCAUCUCCAAGGCCACCAAACUGCAUUGUUCUUUGGAAAGAGUUGCUGAGGUUGAAAAAGAAACGCGCUUCUUCUUUGUCACCGUCAUCUUCUUCUUCUUCGACAUCAUCUUCUUCAAGCUCACUAGCUGAUAUUGCUAUUAAAGAAGAAAAGAAGGAAGGCUCUGCAGGGAACAGAGAGAAGCAUGUGAAGAGGAUAAAGAAAGGGCUGGAGAGAACAAGAUCAGGCAGUAUCAGAAUUCGGCCGAUGAUAAAUGUGCCCAUUUGCACACAAGUGAAGAGCAACUCCUUACCACCUUUGUUUCCCCUCAAGAAAGGAAGAUUGUAUAGGUGAAGAUGAGGAACUGACCGGAUCUGUAGGUUUUUGUCCAAUAUCUUCAUUUCUGCUAUCUAUUUCAUUGUAUUAAAUCUUUUUUUUUGGGUGCUUUCUUUGUGUUUA